AUGCUAUCAACAUUGUCUUAGCAACAUUAACCAUUUCAAAUGAAUCUGAAGUAAGAAAAGAUGCAAGAAGGUUAAAAGAAAUACAAUUAACUAAUAAUAAUUGUUCUGAAUAUGUUACAUUUUCCUAUAUUAUCCCCUUUAUUUUAGGAUUGAUAAAUAAGUUAGAUUGCUCUACAGACUAUUUUGAUGAAUCGAAUGACAUAAAUUUUGAAACUUCUGACCUAGCAUUCGACAAUAAUGUUGGAUUUGUUGAUGCACAGGAAGAGGAAAAAGGUAGUCCUAAAGAAAGAAAAAUUAAAAUCAAUACACCUAUUGACAUUACUAACAUACAAUGCAAAAUUAAGAAUGCAUUAUAUAAUGCACUCUUACACUAUUGGAAUUUUUCAAAGGAAGAAUUAUUUCUUGCAUACCUUCUGAAUCUGAGAUUUAAAAAAUUAAGAUUUGCAACAUCAACUCAACAACUCAAAGCAAAAGCUGUACUUUGA